UGUUGGAUACCUGCGAAUGGGCGUAGGUCUUACGUCAUAAGGUUGCGGCUUUUAUGUUGUCUGUCUAACUCUUAUUGACUGCAGUUGACAGUUUGAGAGAUUUAGUGUUGAAACUGUGCAAAUUGUCAAAAUGAGCAGCCAGUAUUACCCUGCACAGUGCAAACCUACAGUUUUUCCUGCUCAGCCGUUUGAUGCCAAAGCUGAUGCAGAAGUGUUAAGAAAAGCAAUGAAAGGGUUUGGUACAGAUGAACAAGCCAUAAUAGAUGUUCUCGCACAUAGGGGAAUUGUGCAGCGGCUUGAAAUUGCUGAAACCUUCAAAACUCUCUAUGGGAAGGAUUUGAUAAAGGAAUUGAAGAGUGAACUGAGUGGCAAAUUUGAGGAUGUUAUCAUUGGGUUGAUGACACCACUUCCUCAGUAUUAUGCUAAGGAACUACAUGAUGCCAUGGCUGGAAUAGGAACUGAUGAGGAAGCUAUUAUUGAGAUAUUGUGUACCCUGAGCAAUUAUGGUAUCAAGACCAUAUCAACAUUCUAUGAAAACUUGUAUGGCAAAAGUUUGGAGAGUGAUUUGAAAGGAGACACAUCAGGCCAUUUCAAACGACUCCUUGUUUCUUUGUGCAUGGCCAACAGAGAUGAGAACCAAGCAGUUGAUCAUGCAGCUGCAAGAAGUGAUGCUGAGGCACUUUUCAAUGCAGGUGUUAAAGAAUGGGGGACAGAUGAAUCUGUAUUCAAUUCUAUAUUGGUAACAAGAAACUAUAUGCAGCUGAGACAGAUAUUUGUGGAGUAUGAGAAGCUUGCUGGUCACGAUAUCGAGUCGGCUAUCAAGAAAGAAUUUUCAGGCAGUAUAGAGAAGGGUUUACUGGCUAUUGUGAAAUGUGCUAAAAGCAAAGUUGGCUAUUUUGCUGAAAGAUUGCACGACAGCAUGGCUGGCUUAGGCACAAAAGACAAAACACUUAUUCGAAUAAUUGUGUCACGUUCAGAGAUUGAUUUGGGUGACAUUAAAGAAGCUUUUGAACAGACGUAUGGAAAAUCAUUGGAGAGUUUCAUUUCGGGUGAUACUUCUGGGGAUUACAAAAAAGUGCUUCUGGCAUUGGUUUCUUAAUAAGGUAUUUCAAAACUGUGCAUCUUGGCAAACAAGCACUUCCACAAAUAAAAAUCUCUGCCUCAACAAAUAAGAAUCUCUGCAAAUAGAAAUCUCAAGCUUCACCUUAAAAGCUGCUGUGCAGUGUGGGAGUCACCUGUUCAUGGAAGUGAUAUGGUUGCUCUAUCUGUGCUGCACUAAAAUAUUCAGUGGUUGCUUCAGUAAAUGAAUUAUGUAGCUCUUUGAAUGUAGUAAUAUAUUUACAUAUAUAAAAGAAUCUCUCUAUUAAAGAUGUUGUUGGUGUAUAGUUAUUUUAAAGAAAUAAUUUGUAUGAAUUUAAAAAUCUAUUUUUGUCAAAUUUUUAUAAACUGUUUACUCUUUCUUCAUUAAACUUCUUUAAUGCCACUGUUA